AUGCAAACCACGGAACACAUCCACCCAGGUGGCAAGCCAGCCCUGGCCAAGCCUCAGCCCCUUGACGACAAAGUCCGACAUCACGGAGACAUCAAUUUCCACCGCCUGAUUCCAAAGUCCAGAAGGAAAAGCAAGGUUGAAGACGAUGCCAGCACCACAGAGAAUAUCGAGGUCCAAGAGAAGGACGAGACUGAAGAAGAAGUAGUUGAGGGUCGCCUAUACGCGUGGGCUUCCAACAUUUGCCACCUUGAAGAUACCAAGGUCAAGGUAGAGGACCUCUCUGAUAGAGAGAUUGACUCUCGACUUGCACAGAACACCCAGGGGCUUCUUUCAAAGAUUCUCAAGUGCGAUGCAGCAGAGAUGCAAGUGGGUGCAUACUUCAGGUCAAAACAGCAUGAAGGGCAGACCACAGAGGAGUUCACCAUUCAAGGCCCACUGGGCGAUUGGAGAGUCUGCUGCAAAACGUAUCACAACAUUGAUGCUCGCGGUGGACCAAACUCCCAGUACCGAAAAUCGGCAACCGCUAAACGGAUCUUGGCGAAGGCAAAGGCGAGAGCGGGACCAGCACCAUCUGACGCUCAGGUGAAGCACGUUGCGUGCCGAAUACUCGCAAAGCGCCACAUCGACCUUGCUGAUGGUAUUGCUGAGGUUAAAUGGCCCGACCUGCUCCGUGAGGCCCACGAAAUCCUGUACAAUCAUCGAGGAGAUGCCACUCUCCAGUCAAGAAUGAACGAGGAAUUGAGUGGCGCCACAGAAGGCCCGGCGACCCUGACCCCCGAACUAGUAGACCUGGUAGAAAACAAUCUGCUCACGGGACAGAAGAAGAAAAACAAAUUGCACCAGUUCAUACUUGAUGAAGAGGCAUCAACGUUGCGUGAGCACGUCGAAGGUUUCGAUAUUGUCAUCUUGAGGGACGGGAAACACGAGUUGAUUUGUGGCGUUGUCGCGGAGGCGGUGCAGAAACUCUUCCCAGCUGAUACCGUGGACAAGAUGAGCACUGCGGUCGAAGCAUUCGCCUGGCGCUUCCCCUACAAGAAGCCUGACGAAUCCCGGCAUCCUACAAGCCAGACGGUGCAUUUGGCUGCAAAUCCGAGCAAAGACGUGCGCUCAGAAGAGUGCCAGCAACCGCACUUUGCAGUGCUACUCAAGAGUACUGCCUGGAAAGACGAAUUCCCGAAACUCAAGGGAGGCGUCUAUGGUGUGGCCGCGAAAGUGUCGACGCUCGUUUUGGAGGCCUGGGACCAUAAACUAUAUGAGGCCUACCUGGAGAUUCGUCAGCACCUGCCCGAAGAACUCAAGAUGACAUUGGCGACAACAUGCGAGAAUCCAUACGGAUACAUGGCACAGCUCGUAGACACACUCACCGAAGGCCACACCGACGUGAAGGACUGGAUGCAAGGCAUGGCGGCCCUGACCUGCUUCGGCAACUUCUCUGGGGGCGACCUAGUACUCAAGCAGCUCGGGGUCCGCAUUGCUUUCCCCAGCGGAUCGAAUUGCCACCUGCGAGGACAGGGCCUUCACCACUUCAUCUCUAGAUACAAGGGGAUCCGACACUCUCUAGUCCUGACCAAUAAAGAGUCGGUGCGAAGAACUAUCGACGACUUGGACCAGCGCCUCAAAGAGGAAACAGAAAGGGCUGCCUGGACUGACGAGGAGCACGAGCUUGACAAAGCCUAUACGGAGGGCAAGGAUGCCAUGCGGGAGCGCACCUGGAGCCUCAUCAAGGCAGAACUACAAGAGAAAGAGGACGAAGCACGAGAGGAACUGGCGGCCAAACGUAAGGAGGCCGACAACUCCAAGGAAGACCAUCCGGAGGACCUGCCGAAAAAGAAGGCGAAGAAGUCGAAGACGGCACAAUGA